UUUAAUAGAGAUUAUUAGAUAAUAAAUUCGAUAAAUGCAAAAUCCAGAUCUUCAAGCUAACGACUUAAACCUUUACAAAUACAAAAACAAGCUGAGUGAUGAACAGAAGCAACUUUUGAAGCUGCUGCAUGUACUCCACCUCAUUGCUUUCGCAGCUUCUAUUGGUACUGGAAUAUUCACAACAUGGAUCAUCUUCCACAAGAGGCCACAGAUAGGAUACUUUAUCUUCCUGUUCCUAAACAUAAUCGAAAAGCCAGUUUCUUUCAUGUACAUCUUCUUCCCCAACCAGAGCAUUUCCCAUUUCUGUAAGAUAGGGGUUUUCUUCUGUUGGGGAAUCAACUGGAUCUACGCCAUAAUCUGCUUCGUGGUCCUAUUUAUACUAGCCCAAUGCAUUCGGUAACUUU